AAAAGAUUUGAUGACGUAACUUACGUACUGGCUGCAUAUAAAAGAUACUCAUUUGUUGAUAGUUUGGAAAAGAAAUGAAAUGAAAAAAUGACAUUCGUUGAAAUAAAAGAAUGACAAACCGACGGAUUAUAUUAUAAUGACACAU